UACCGGCAGCUGCGUUGAUGACAGUGUCACGGGGAAAUUCCUACUAUAUAAUCUGUUAGUACUUAGGUACUUGCAAAUCCAUUUAAUCGUGUUUAUUCCACGAACAGUCAAAUAACGACCAAUAUGCAGCUCUGGUUUUGUGUUUGUUUGAUUUAUUCUAUAAGCGGAUAUGCUAGUGCAGAAAAUCCGAGAGUUACCACAUCCCUUGGUGAUGUUGAGGGUGGUAUAAUUAAAAGCCUUUUAGGAAAGUCGAUAUACUCCUUCCGGGGUAUAAGAUAUGCGCAGGCGCCAACGGGAGAUCUAAGGUUUCAGCCUCCAGUUCCGGUGGAAAAAUGGACUGGCGUCUACAACGCGACCGUCGAUGGCCCAAUGUGUCCACAACCAAUUCUAAGGCCGAUUUCCGAAGACUGCCUAUCCUUAAGCGUCUACACCACUGAAUUACCUACAAAACGUCACAACCCCAAACGACCGGUACUGUUCUUCAUCCAUCCGGGUGGUUUUUACAGUAUGACCUCCGCGAGUAACUGGGCCGGACCGCAAUACUUUAUAGAUCAAGACGUGGUCAUGGUCGUUAUCAAUUAUAGAUUAGGGUCUUUAGGCUAUAUGAGUACUGGAGAUAAAUGGGCGCCUGGAAAUAAUGGCAUGAAAGACCAGGUGAUCGCGUUGAAGUGGGUGAAGAAAAACAUCGCGGCGUUCGGUGGUGAUCCCAAUUUGGUGACGAUCGUCGGGUACAGCGCGGGCGGCAUCAGCGUCACCGCCCACUUACUGUCAUCAAUGUCUAGAGGUCUGUUUCACAGAGCCAUAGCAAUGAGCGACACAGUCUUUGGACAGUGGCCAAUUGGGAAUCACCAGCUCAAUCUCGCGCAGAAGCAGGCUCGAUUACUCGGCUGCCCUGAUGACACAUCCGAGAAGAUUGUCACAUGCUUGAAGACCAAAAGUGCGGAGGAACUAGGAGAAUCUCUGCGAGGAUUUGCGGAGUAUGGCUUUGAUCCAGUUUUACUGUGGACACCGGUUGUUGAGCCGGAUUUCGGACAAGAACGAUUUCUUACUGAGCACCCACUGAGAAGCGUUCUUAGAGGGGACUUUGCCAAAGUGCCUAUAAUUGCAGGUAUAACGGAUCAAGAAUUUUCGUAUAUUGCGGCAGAGGUGUUUGCCAACCCGAAACUAUUAGAAGAGAUGGACAAAGACUUCGACAGGGUCGCCCCUAUCGCAUUCGUCUAUGAAAGAAAUACAACCAGAUCUCUAUCCAUUAGCUCUGAACUGAGGAGGGCUUUCUUGGGGAAUGGUCCUCUAACCGACUCUGACCGAACAGGCCUAGGACAUUUAUACGCCGAUGGAUUAGUGGGAUUUGGAGUGCAUAGAGGAGUGAAGCUACUCUCCGCAAAAAACACCGAGUGCACUUACUAUUACAAGUUCAGCUAUCAAGGAAGAUACAGUCACGUUAAGUUGCCUAAUUCCACCGUACCUUACGGAGUUGUUCACCAUGACGAUCUAAUCUACUUAUUCUACAUAUCGCAGUUAUUUCCCAAAUUUAAUGUAACCGACCCCGAGUACACAAUGGUCAGGAAACUAACGACGAUGUGGACCAAUUUUGCGAUCACUGGCAAUCCUACUCCUCAUCAUCAUAGCGAACCGCUGGGUAAUGCUCAUUCGAUUCCGUAUACUCCAGGGAAGAGGAAGUACAUGGAUAUUGGAAAUGAAUUGAGCAUGAAGCAGAAUUUGUAUGAGGAACGUUACUCUGUGUGGGACAAAUUGUUCCCAUUGAAUGCUUAUCAGUAGCUAGUUGAUCUGACUAGCCGAAGUCGCUUGUAGGGUAUAUACAGCGUGUAUCAUUAAUAAUUAUACAAUUGUUUGCAUUAUUCUCUUACUUUUAAUGUUAAGGACUCCACAUACAUAAAAAACAAGUAUAAAUGCUUU